CCUUCCAGAAACCGCAGGCUGGGUCUGGGCUGCCCAGAACUUCAGCUUCAGGGCUCAGGACGCUGUGGGUCAGAUCUGCAAAGCACUUGACAGACGCUUCUGAUCUCCAGGGGACCCUGGGGUGGGACAGGGUCCUUAACAAGGCUGCAGCUGCUGUGGCAGUGGCCUGGGAUGGAGGUCUUUCUUGCUGGGAACUGAGGAGCUGAGAGGCUCCUGUCAGCUUGUCCUUACCUCUUGGCACUUGCAGUGGCUUGGGCUUCACACACUGUCAGACACCUUCUUGGUGGCCUCCACGGCCUCACCUUCAGGUUUGAAGCUGGCUCCACAAGGGACACAGUGACAUGAGGGGCAGCCCACUGAUCCAUCUCCUGGCCAUUUCCUUCCUCUGCCUUCUCUCAAUGGUGUGCGCCCAGCUGUGCCCGACACCCUGUACCUGUCCUUGGACACCACCCCAGUGCCCACUGGGGGUACCCCUGGUGCUGGAUGGCUGUGGCUGCUGUCCAGUGUGUGCGCGGAGGCUGGGGGAGUCCUGUGACCACCUGAAUGUCUGCGACCCCAGCCAGGGCCUGGUUUGUCAGCCUGGGGCAGGCCCCGGUGGCCGUGGGGCCAUGUGCCUCUUGGAAGAGGAUGAUGGUAGCUGUGAGGUGAACGGCCGAAGGUACCUGGAUGGGGAGACCUUUAAACCCAACUGCAGGGUCCUGUGCCGUUGUGAUGAGGGCGGCUUCACCUGCCUGCCGCUGUGCCCUGAAGAUGUGCGGCUGCCCAGCAGGGACUGCCCACACCCCAGGAGAAUACAGGUGCCGGGAAGGUGCUGCCCAGAGUGGGUGUGUGACCAGGGAGUGACACCGGCGAUCCAGCCUUCCGUAGCCCAAGGACACCAACUUUCUGCCCUCAUCACUCCCGCAUCUGCUGAUGUCCCCUGUCCAAAUUGGAGCACAGCCUGGGGCCCCUGCUCAACCACCUGUGGGCUGGGCAUAGCCACCCGAGUGUCCAACCAGAACCGAUUCUGCCAACUGGAGAUCCAGCACCGCCUGUGUCUGCCCAGACCCUGCCUGGCAGCCAGGGGCCGCAGUUCAUGGAGCAGUGCCUUCUAGAACCAACUGGGGAUGCAGAUCCAGGUUUUCAGCAAAUGUCCUUAGGACCAGGCCCUGUACUGAUGGUAGAUGCCCUUCUCCAUGCUCUUGGUUGCAGUUAACUGUCCUGGUUGGAUCACUGUCCAGAGCCACUGAGCAAUCUCUGCUCUGUCUGAGGAAGGGGGAGCAGGUGACCAGCUCCAUUUCUCUGAUUCAGCCUGGAAAUCCGACCCAGGCUUCUGGGUUCUCCUGUCUCGUUCCUUAUCAAACGUGCACAUGGAACGGCUUUCUCUCAAAACUUCCCUGUAUGAAAAGUACAACCAAAAGGACCUUUAAAGCUAGGCUGUGCUGGGCAAGCCUGGCCACCAUGCUGGGGACAAUGGCAAUAAUAAGUACCAGGCAGCAGAGUGCUUGAAACUUCCUAUUCCUUCUUAGACUUCUGUGCGCUUAUCCCCGAAGAUUAUGAGUGAACUCGUAAGUGUGCCUUCCCUAAUCCGAGAACACCCUGCCUGCCCGGGAAGAAUUCAGGGGCAGAAUUCUCUAUGAACAUGAAGAGAUGAAGUCACACUGUCUUAAGUGUCCACAAAGUCCAGGAACUUGACCUUUGUAUUUGUAAGAAUGCAUGUCUCUUAAAUGCUCACAAAGCAGGAGGCUCCACAGGUCCGGCAGGCCAGAGCCUUUCUCCUCAGCACGAGAAAGACAAGGGACAGCAGAGUACCUCCUCUGGAGGACUGGCCCAGCCUGGAUUAAACACUCAAAUCAAGUGUGGAAUUUGGUUUGGUAUCUUGUGUUUUUGUGCAGAAAUAAAACAAAGUAAAGCCUACCUAAAUAUAAA